AUGGGCGAUCUCCAGGGCCGUAAGGUGUUCAAGGUGUUCAACCAGGACUUCAUCGUCGAUGAAAGAUACACCGUGACCAAGGAGCUUGGUCAGGGCGCAUACGGCAUUGUCUGUGCCGCGGUGAACAACCAGACCAACGAGGGUGUUGCCAUCAAGAAGGUCACCAAUGUGUUCAGCAAGAAGAUUUUGGCCAAGCGCGCCCUGCGCGAGAUCAAGCUCCUGCAGCACUUCAGGGGUCACCGAAAUAUCACCUGCUUGUAUGAUAUGGAUAUUCCCAGACCAGACAGCUUCAACGAGACAUAUCUUUAUGAGGAGUUGAUGGAGUGCGAUCUUGCUGCCAUCAUUCGUUCCGGCCAGCCUCUUACCGACGCCCAUUUCCAGUCUUUCAUUUACCAAAUCCUCUGCGGUCUGAAAUACAUUCACUCAGCCAACGUUCUCCAUCGCGAUCUCAAGCCAGGAAACUUGCUUGUCAACGCCGACUGCGAACUGAAGAUUUGCGAUUUCGGUCUGGCGCGUGGCUUCUCGGUUGAUCCCGAGGAAAAUGCCGGGUACAUGACUGAGUAUGUCGCGACGAGAUGGUACCGCGCGCCCGAAAUCAUGUUGAGCUUCCAGAAUUACACCAAAGCUAUUGACGUAUGGUCUGUUGGCUGCAUUCUCGCUGAGCUCCUUGGCGGUCGCCCCUUUUUCAAGGGUCGCGAUUACGUCGACCAGCUGAACCAAAUUCUCCACAUUCUUGGUACCCCUAAUGAGGAAACUUUGUCUCGCAUCGGUUCCCCUAGGGCCCAGGAAUACGUGCGGAAUCUUCCUUUCAUGGCCAAGAAGUCAUUCCCUUCGCUCUUCCCUAAUGCCAACCCGGACGCUCUCGACCUCUUGGACCGUAUGCUUGCUUUCGACCCCUCUCGCCGCAUCAGUGUCGAGGAGGCCCUCGAACACCCCUAUCUUGCCAUCUGGCACGACGCUAGUGACGAGCCCGACUGCCCAACCACUUUCAACUUUGACUUCGAGGUCAUCGAUGAUGUCAAUGAAAUGCGCAAGAUGAUCCUCAGCGAGGUUGUCAACUUCAGAGCCCAAGUCCGCACUGUCCCUGGCCAGGCGGGCUCUGCCGGUAACAUCCAACAGGCGCCAUCAAACGUCCCCAUUCCUGCAGGUGGACCCGGCCAGCAGUGGACGGCCGAGGACCCAAGACCGAUGGAGUACGGUAACCAAAUGCAGGGUCUCGAGGCUGAGCUCGGAGGCAGAUAG